AAACUCCCUGGAAAAACAGAUGAACCACUCAAAUAUUAACACCAGAGAAGUGUGGAAAUAGAUUAAAGUGUGACAUCUACGACUAUAGCCCCUUUAAAGUGUCAUAAAUUAAAGGCUGUGUGACAUUAUUAUCUCACCUUUGUGUUGCUAAAGAGAUAACUGGCGAUUACUAAUUAGGUUUGUACUCUUGCUCAAGAAAACUGCAGCAGAUAUGAACGCAUAACCUGAGUCCCUGAGAAUCAGGUGUUCCUGCCAGCUCGACGACAUUAUCAGCCGCUCAAGUCUUUUAACUUAAUGACCGCAGAGAAGAGAAGAAAAGACAACAAGAAAAUGCUGAAGAGGUUGAGAAGGGGAUUGUGGAACUAUCGCAACAUCGCCCUCAUCGUCCUUACGCCUCUGCUGCUGCUUCCUCUUCCUCUUGUCAUCGGGACGAAGGAGGCAGAAUGUGCCUUUGUGUUGCUGCUGAUGGCGACGUACUGGGUGACUGAGGUGAUUCCUUUGUCCAUGACCGCCAUGCUCCCCGCCAUCCUCUUCCCCAUGUUUGGCAUCAUGAAGUCCUCUGACGUGGCGAAGGAGUACUUUAAAGACUUCCACUUCUUGCUGGUUGGUGUCAUCUGCCUCGCCACAUCCAUCGAGAAGUGGGGUCUCCACCGCAGAAUCGCCCUGAGGCUCGUCACCAUGGUGGGAGUCAACCCAGCAUGGUUGAUGUUGGGCUUCAUGUCCGGCUGUGCGUUCCUCUCCAUGUGGGUCCAAAACACCUCGGCUGUUACCAUAGUGAUGCCCAUCGUAGAGGCUGUUCUCCAGCAGCUCCUGAGGGCCAAAGACGGGGUGUGUGAUGGCGAAGACAACCCCAACCUGCAGCUGGACGAAGCUGACGGUCACACUGAAAAGAUGAGAGAAAUGGUGAGAGAAAAGAAACAUCCAGAUGUUCCUGAAGAGACCUUCACUUGUGUUCAGAUACAGACAGAGUCACAGCCUGCUGCAGCUCAGGUACAAAAACCACUGAACAAAUAAAAUAACACAGGACAACGGGACCUGAUGAUGUGUAAAGCCAUGUGCAUCAGCGUUGCGUACUCCUCCAACAUCGGCGGCAUCGCGACGCUGCCCGGCACCUCGCCCAACCUCAUCUUCUCUGAGUACCUCAACCAGAUUUACCCAAACUGCAACUGCAUUAACUUCGGGAACUGGUUCCUGUUGUGCCUGCCCAUCAGUGUUAUCAUGCUGCUGCUCACAUGGAUGUGGCUGUACUGGCUCUUCAUUGGCUCAGACUUCAGGUUCCUGUGGCGAUGUAGAGGAGAGCAGUCUGAGAAAGAGACAGCAGCAAGAAGAGUCAUAGAAGAAGAGUACAGGUCGCUGGGACCCAUGAGUUGUCAGGAGAUGGUCACUGCGGUGGUUUUCCUGCUGAUGGUGUUGUUGUGGUUGACCAGAUCUCCAGGUUUCAUGCCGGGCUGGACGUCUCUCUUCCCUCAUCACUCGGGCUUCAUCACUGACGCCACCGUGGCUCUGCUGCUGGGCCUCCUCUUCUUCAUCAUACCUGCUCACGGACCUUCCAGAAAAUAUGAGGCCAUGAUCUCCUGGGAGGAGUUCCAGGCCUCCAUGCCAUGGAAAGUGGCCCUGCUGGUCGGUGGAGGCUUCGCACUCGCUGAAGGCACAAAGGAGUCAGGAUUGUCUUUGUGGGUUGCCGAGCUGCUGACACCUCUGGGUGAUCUGCCAGUCUUGGCUACAAUCACGGUCGCCUGUAUAAUCGUCACCACGGUAACAGAGGUGGCCAGCAACGCUGCCACUAUCACCAUCUUCCUCCCCAUCCUUUCUCCUCUGGCUGAGGCCAUCCAUGUCAACCCGCUGUACGUCCUGAUCCCCACCACCCUCUGCACAUCUUUCUCCUUCCUGCUGCCGGUGUCCAACCCGCCCAACGCCGUCGUGUUCGCCUACGGACACUUCAACAUCUUGGACAUGGUGAAGGCAGGGCUCGGCGUCAACGUGAUCGGCGUCCUUGCCGCCCUGUUGGCCGUGGCGACAUGGGGGGUUCCGUUAUUCUCCUUGGAUACGUACCCAGACUGGGCGCCGGUCCACCCCGGGUUUAACUCCACAACACCGUGAUGAUGGGUUCCCAGGCAUGGAUCUCAAUGUGAGGCUCUUAAGGGGCUCUAAGAAGGCUGGUGGCACAGAGGAGUGGAGGUUCGACUGAAUGCUCUUUUUGUAAAAUGAUUACAUGAAAUGUGAACGGUGUCACUUGGGGUGAUGGACCCUCAGGGAAUUGGCACCAUCUCUGCAGUCCUACGGAGCGUUUUAGCCUCUUUUAGCUCCUAGUUUUAGUUUCAGACACAGUUAGAGACUAGCUGGUGAAGAAAGUGGAGAGUGAAUAUUGGUCUGUCUGCUGCAGACGCCAGCCUCUGGUCAAAGAAUGUAUA